GAUUCGCUUUGCAAACAAGGAAGGAUUGAAGAAGUAAGUAAAUUGGUAGAUUUGAUGAUUCAGCAAGGUCAGCAUCCUGACACAGUAACUUAUACUAUAUUGGUUGAUGCACCCUGCAAAGAAGGAAGGGUUAAAGGAGCAAUUAAAUUGGUAGAUUUUAUGAUUCAGCAAGGUCUGCAUCCUGACACAGUAACUUUUACCACAUUGGUAGAUGUGCUUUGCAAUGAAGGAAUGAUUGAAGGAGCAAUUAGAUUGGUAGAUUUGAUGAUUCAGCAGGGUCAGCAUCCUGACACAGUAACUAAUACCACAUUGAUUCAUGCUCGUUGCAAAGUAAGAAGGAUGGAAGAUGCAAAGGCAUUGUUUGCGUUGAUGAUUCAGAGUGGUCAACAUCCUAACAAAAUUACUUAUAAUAUCAUGAUCAAAGGGCUUUGCAAAAUUGGGCAACUGGAGAAGGCAAAUGAUUUCUUAAGCAAAAUGGAGAAGAAUGGUUGUCCUCCUGAUGUUAUGACAUUUAAUACACUCAUUUUAUGUUGCUCCAAAAACAGCGAGACCUCCAAAGCUGUGGAGCUUCUUUGCAUAAUGGCAGAGAAAAAUCUAUCCCCUAAUGCAACAACCUUUUCCAUUGUCAUAAGUCUGCCCUCAAACUUAAAGGAUGAAAAGCGUCAAGAACUUCUGGACUUGCUUCCAACAUUUCCUGCCCAAGCUCAUUGAGGUAGAUUACAAACUGAAUAAGUAACUGCAUUGAAUUUUGGAUGCACAAAAUCAGUCAUUGAGAUCAUGAAGAAUUUUGGGAGAGGUUACUUUGUCUGGUAUUCCCAGUAUAAACCAAAUGUAGUUAUUUCUUUGGCAGAAAAUUAGAGCACGAUCUGUUUUUUGUACGAGGCUAUGAUGCAGAGUGAUGAUGUUAGUUUGCGUGGGAAGAAAUAUUGAAUGCUUGA